AUGGCGCCUAACAGUCUUCUAACCGCCUUGCUAUUCUCAGCAGCUUGUCACGCCACAACCACCUACUCUGUCCCGGAGCAAACGAAAGCGGCCAAAUACAUUGAUCCUGAUUUUCCCGGUCUAGCUUUCGAGCAAGCCUCUCUCGUUGAAUACGCUUUAUACAACAAUGGAAGCGUCAACCAAUUCUCCCUCAACCUCAUUGACUCCAUCUACAAACGCACAGGAGGCAAACCGCUGAUUCGGCUGGGUGGUACCAGUGCCGACUAUGCGCACUAUAUACCGAACCAAAAAGACGCUGCACUUCCUCGAGCAGAGGUAGAUAACUUCCAGGAUGUCGGAAACACGACCAUCGGACCGUCGUAUUGGACGCUGACCAAGAAUUUCCCCCGUGCCAAGUUUAUUGUUCAAUUACCCAUGGCGAUUGCCAAUGUUGAUGAAGCAGUAACAUGGGCUCGGACCUCGGCCGCAGGCAUUGGCAUGGACAGAAUCCAUUCCUUUGAAGUAGGCAAUGAGGCAGAUUUGUAUCCAGAUCCAAAACUCUUGCCUCCUACAUACCAGGCACAUUUAAACAACAAGACAUAUGUAGGCAACUUUACCAAAUAUGCCGCCGCCAUUGCCAAAGCAGUCAAGCUUCCAUGUGGCCCAUUCUUCCAAGCAUUCGACACUUCCUCACACUUGGGUCUCGUCAACAACGGCGACGCAACGGCUUUUCAUGUCCCAACCUGCUUUGAUCUAGGCAUCAAUAAAGACAAUAUUGUCAAAACCGUCGCCCAGCACUUUUACCAGACAAACGUUGGACACGCAGAAAACCUUGCCAGCGGACUCAUGAACCACACUUCCAUCAAACACCGUCUAGAUAAUUUCCGCCCCGCGAUAGAUUAUCUUGCGAAAAACCAUCCCAAGAUUCCAUUCAUUCUUUCCGAGGUUGGGAACUCGCUCAACCCGAAACACGACUACCUCUACCAAGCUACUCUCGGCUCUGCGCUAUGGCAAGUCGACUUUCAACUAUACGGCCUAUCCGUGGGUAUCGAACGAUUCAACUUUCAGCAAAUCAUGCAUUCUGGAUUCGACCUCUGGCUGCCCGUCGAAUCAGCCGGCAUGAAACCACAGGUGUUUUCCAACUUUUACGCCCAGCCAUUUGCGACUGAUUUCGUCGGUUCCUCUGGCAAAGCUACCGUUCGGUUUAUCAACAUGCCUGGGUUUGAUGCCCAGGUCCCAGCGUAUGCGGCAUACGAAAACGGCAAGAUUAAAAGAGUGUCAAUUGUCAAUAUGAACUAUUGGGUUCCGGGACAGGGUGAUCGCAAAACUACAGUGGUUCCCCUCCAGUUUGGUGCGGAUGUCAAGUCCGUGACGGUUCAGCACCUCAACAGUCCGGGUGGUGCGAGCGCGCAGGCGGAUUCUAUUAGUUAUGCUGGGAGUAGAUGGACGUAUGAGAGUGUUGGAAAGGAGCAAAAGGAUUGGCGACAUGAUACACAGACAUUGAAGGUGGAUAGAGGAGCGGUAAACGUUGGGGUUCAAUACAGCGAGGCUGUGAUUAUACACCUUGAUCAGUAA